CCUCAACCAACUCAACUCCCCCUGCUUCCCUGUUCACAUGGCUGCCGGAAAUUCCCGAGCUGUGAGCGUCCUGCUGUGGUAGUAGUACCUGAUUUAUAAUACCACCUGCCUGCUUCAGUCAUUUCGUCUCACGCGAAUCACAGUCUAGUCACAUUCGAGAGCCUUUCAGACGUCGAGCACCCUUGGUCGCGGAACCACUACUACCUUCCCUAACUUCUCACGAGUUAUCAACUCGAAUCCCGUCUCGAUCCGCCAUGGCUUCUGCCCCGCCGCUCGUUGUGGACUCGGACUGGGAGAAUUUCCUCGAAACCUGCAGCACGGAGGAGCUCUCGUCCUUUUUGGAAAAAUUAAGGUCCAACAACAGCAACGGAGCCCCUCAACUCGCCGCCAUGCCAGAGGGCGCGUCGCCAUCGUACAGGCAUUCAGGAAAUCUCGAGGCAGACAUCAUGGCUCUAACAGCCGCCGGCACGACGCAAUUCACGACGCAGCAGUCGCUGCAGGCCACCCUGCCGCUCCACAGCAACGCCGCUGGAGGCGGCGCGGCGCCGCCGUUUGGCUACCCCCGAUUCGACGCUCACUCCCUCGCAGCGCGCCACAUCGGCUUGACCGGCGGGAAUAACUCCGCAAAUAACUCCUCGGCUGACGUCAUCUCCAGCAACACCUUCGGCGAAAGCUCCUUCUCCGAAAGCGGCGGCGGCGGCGGCGGAGGCGGCGAUGGGAAACCGAAGAAUGAGAUGGCAGAUUCCGGUGCGUGGGAGUCGCUGCCAUGCCAGCCCCAGCCACAACCGCAGCCGCUCUCAACGCCCCUGCUCGCUGCUCACCCCCAAAGGUUCUUGGGCAGUCCACCUGCUGCCAAUGCCUCACGGCUCGGACCAUCCAAGCUCGGUGGUAGCGGCCCUGCUUCUGCUGCUGCUGCUGCUGCUGCUUCGGGUGCUGCCGCCAACGCCGCCGCUACAGCCGGCGGUAGGCGGGCGUGCGGGUCAAACAGCAACGAGCGGGCGGUGCAAGCGGGCGGCGCGGAAAGCGGCGGGGCGGCGGAACCGGACGGCGAGGCGGUGGUGCAGGCGACGGCGUCGGGCGGCGGCUGCGGGCGGGCGGGGAGCGACGGCAGCACGGAGAAAGAGGAGCAGGGGGGGCAGAGAGACCAAGGAGAGGGCGAGGAGCAUGCUGAAAGCUCUGACGAAAUGGACGGAGGAGGGGAGAUGGACGGAGGAGGGCUGUUGGAGCUUGGAGGGCAGCGCAACGGUCGGCGGCAUGCGAGGGACGGCGGGCUGGGAGUGAAGGUGGAGAAGCGGCAAAUCAAGAUGAAGAGCCACGUGGAGAGCCAGCGGCGCAAGCGGAUCAGCGAUGGGCUGAAGCGGCUACGGGACUCAGUGAAGGGCACCGGCGACACUGCUACGAUGCUGGAUGAGGCUGUUUCCUACGUGGAGUCACUCAAGCAACAAGUGACGGCUCUUCAAGUGUCACUCCUCCUCAAGGACACCACACGGCCUCAGCUCGGUGGUACACCACCAUCCCUCGGCGCCGACUCAGCGCUCCUAGCACAAGCCCUCCAGCAACACUCCGCCCUCGGCCUGCCCUUCUCCCUGCCAGCCAACCAGCAGCUGCCACAUCAGCAUCAGCAGCAGCAGCAGCAACAGCAGCAGCAACUACAGCAGCUGCAGCAGCAGGCAAGUCCAGGUGCACUCCAGGCUCGGCCGUACCCAAACCUGUCCCGGUACACAGGUCAGGAGCAAGGGGCGACGGUGUCUGCUGGUGCGGCGACGACUCUGCUGCCGCGUGCGGGGUGGUCUAAGAGGCUAGUGGAAACUUCGACCGGUGGCAGCUGCAACUCAGGAAGAUUCGGCUCGUGCUGACAGCAGCACCCAUUGUUUUGCCCUGUUUUUGUACUCUUAAAGUGAGAGGCUAAAAUAAUGACCCCCCUUCAAGUUGGACCCAACUCGUAAUAGUUCGGCUAAAGAGUGUUGGUUGGAACUUGCGAGACAAUUAUUUUUGUUGGGGGGCCACCAGGCCCCCAAAUUGGUUUUGGAGGUGUCUGAUUCAUCAGACUUGCCUCCCAUCCCAUCCCUUGGUAUGGC